GCACCGCGAGGGGCGUUCUUUCCUUUCGGCGAGGAAAACCGCUCGGUCGUGGAUCCGUUUUGUCGCAAGAGCGUGGACGGCAUCACACCUCUCGUGACGGUGACGACGUGGCGCUGGGGUCUCGCUUCGACUGUCUGGAGCGUGCGAUCUGCUCACUGUAAAACCUCUCGACAUGGCUGUCCUGCCACUGGCAUUCCUGUGAGGUAG